AGUCCUCCGAAGCAGAAAAAAAACCUGCAGGCAAAUCGUACUUGGAAAUCUUCCCUUCCUCUCUGCCCACUUCCUUGUGCUACACCACAGACUGGAGCUCCAACAGGGAUUGUUAGAUUUUUAUUGUUAGGUCACGUCAUACGAGUUGAGAUGUUUCGCUCUGUCUCCAGGACUAAUGUGUUUGCCAUCUUGGUUACCUUUUUGCUUUUUUUCGGAGCUCUCUACAUCUACUCGGGAUACUCUCACUCAGACAUCAGUGUUUUCCAAUCAAAGGAUUUCUCCAAGACAGAGAGCAAUGCAAUAAGAAACAAUGUAGAAAUAAAAGAUUCAGCGACAGCAGAAUGUGCGGUCAAAGAUAAUAUGAACAACUGUGGCAAAUGGAGCAUUGGAGAGCUUAAAACUGACGUUGGACUGAAAUAUGCUCAGCCAAGCACCCAGAAAGGACGUACUGAUGUGAACUCGGUCACAAACUGGAAUGCUCCCUUGGUUUGGGAGGGAACUUUUGAUCCAGUGGUCAUAGAUGCCAUCUAUAAACGAAUGGACCCAAGAGUUGCUGUGGUGGUGUUUGCUGUUGGCAAAUACACUCGCUUCCUGAAGGCCUUCUUGGAGUCAGGUGAAAAGUACUUUCUGGUCGACUUCAGGGUCACAUAUUAUGUCUUCACGGACAACAAACAAGAUGUUCCUAAAGUUCAACUCGGCAGAAACCGAAACAUCUCUGUGGUCCCUGUACCCAGCGCCAAACGCUGGCAGGAAGUGGUACUUGGAAGGAUGAAGUGGGCAACCAUGGCCAUUGAUAAUCAGAUCCGUAGCGAGGCUGACUAUCUUUUCAUGAUGGACAUCGAUAGUGUCUUCCACAACCGCUUUGGAGCCGAGUCCCUCAGUAGACUCUCCGCUGUGCUCCAUCGUGGCUACUACAAGAACACCCAUCGGGACAAAUUUCCAUAUGAGCGUCGGCCCCAAUCUAAAGCUUACAUUCCUGCUGGGGAAGGAGACUACUACUACACGGCAGCAGUCUGGGGGGGCUACCUGGAGGAUAUGUACAAGCUAGUCAAGCAUUGUUACACCCAAGCUGAGGAGGAUGCCAAGAUAAACAUUGAGGCUGCGUGGCAGGAAGAGAGUCACCUCAAUAGAUACCUGCUAUACAACAAGCCAACCAAGGUGCUGUCUCCUGAAUACCUGUGGAGCGACUAUGAUGCGGUACCAGCAGACAUUAAAGUGGUUAGAAUCUCCCAGCUGGUUAAGAACUAUAAGGAAGUGCGGCCCAAUGCUGGACAAUGAUAAGUCAAUACUACGCGAGGGUAUAAACCACUUGUGGUAUCACCAAGUGCGCGUGUGUGUGGUGUGUGCGUUUUACAACAUGGUCACAUGAAAAGCUUCGACAAACAACUAUUGGUGAGCAACCAUGUUUGAAACACAAACGCCAACGUGAUCACCUGAAUCUGUGUCUCUCAAACAUGCACUCAAGUUUACCUUUAGUGCUCGAAGCUUUCCACUGACAUUUCCCAUCCACACCGGCAGGUUUAUCAGCACUAUUAAAUGUGAACAUUUAGUUUUUAUUAUAGUGUGUAUAGUUUGCUGUGAUAUCAAACCGCAUCAUACUGAGAGGUGUUUCUCAUAUUGUGUUGUCAUACCUUGUGGCUAAACAAUGGUUCUCAGUCAUGCAUUGCAGUUGUACAGUACUGCAAACAACCACAAAAACAUUAAAAGCGUCUCUUGGUACAGCUCUUGUAUUGGAGCUCAUUAGAUCAGGGUGACCAGACUUUUUCCAGCACGGGCCACAUAUGGAAAAGUCAAAGGAUGUGAGGACCUUUUGUGAAAAGGCUGGAAUUUUUUUUUUUUUUAUAUGUAUUUAAAGUCAGCUUUAUGUUGUAGUUGACAAAGUGAAUUAGUAAUCGUUAGUACCAACAUUUCCUCUCUAUGUUACAUCCUUUUGCUGUUUUUUUCCAUUGUUGCUGUUGGUUUUUGUUGUUAAAUUACAUUGCUAUAAUGUGCAGCCUAACCAUAACCCCAUACAACAAUAGAAAUGGUACAUAAUAUUUUAAUUUGAAAUUUUUCUAAUUACAUGAUGUGGUGAUUUCUAAAUUCCAGAAGUUGUAGGCUGCUUUUUUAAAUUUUGCUUUAUUAAAAAGGAGAUAUUCACAUGUGGUGUCAUUGACCAUUUGUACAUGGAAUUUUUGACCUGAUGAGUUAAACAGUCAUUAAUUUAAGUCAUUUUAUUAAAACCUUAAAAAGGUGUUAAUUGUAAAAUAACCAGAAAAAGCUACAUGUGUCACGUGGUGGCUUACAGCCGUGUGAUUGGAUUCCAAAAUGCAGAGAGACACCGGCGGCAAGUUAAAUGAGUAACACAAUACAGUCCAAAAACAUAACCCGGGGGCAGCCACAGGAAACAAAAACACAAGACGCUGCACAAAACUCCAAGGCAGGGGGAAAAAAAACAAAAUAGCAAAAACUACAACUGAGGUCGCUGCACAAAAACUGAGGCAGGAAAAAAACAAAAUACUAAACCAUGUAGAUAAACUAAUGAGAACCAAAAACUAAAUCUACAAAACUAGGAACACUUGGCAAAGAGCGUGUAGCAAAAAGGAUGACAAAAACUAGAUGAGGCAAAAAUGAGAUUCAGCAGAACUUGUGAUGGUUGCUAAACACAGAAUCAAGGUGUAGAGCUUAAAGUACUUACGAGAACUAAGCAUGGCCAGGAUAAUGGUACCGAACAUGAAGAGACAAUCUGGCAAAUGAAUAAAUCACAAGCAAGAGCUACAUAGUCCAACGCUGAUUGAACACAGUUGUGACAGGAACUCCUCCCCAAGGCAGCCAGGUGUGCUGCAAUGAGAAAGCAUUAGAUGGCAGCACCGCAGACACUCAGACUAUGACAACAUGACAGCAAACCUUUGUUAGUGUAUUCAAAUCGUACAACUUGGUGGGUCCGUGUCGCACCAGUGGUACUCAUCCAACAACUCAUCCAACAGUAAAGACAAUUCCAAGAAUGUGCGGAACACUUUUGAGGAAAAAAGAUUGACCCUAUAAAGCGUUAUACUGAAAUGGACCUACUUAUAUUAUUUUGAAAGCAGCUUGUGCUGUGUUGUAUCGUACGGAGCCCCGGAGGGGACAUGGAGGAAAAAAAUAUGAUGGGUAAAAAAAAACAAAAAAAACGAACUUUUGCGAGAUAACGCAAAACUCUUUUGCGAGGGAACGCAAAAGCGACUGUGGUAAAGCUGGCAACAUACUCAUAUAUUCAAACUUCCGGGAUCGAUAACUCCCAAGUGAAUGGUUCGAACACAGCAAACCAUACCUAUUUCCAACCGCGGCAACACAGACAAACAGCUACAUCCCAGUUUUUAUCAAAACGAGCCGUGUUCUGUGCAGUCUGACUUAUAUUGAUCUCUGUGAGAAGCAGGCAGCGAGACCGGAGCGCAGGGACCGUCUAAAAAUGUCUUCUUCAUCUGUAUUAUGGCGGUUGGCAUCAAUGUUGACAACUCCUCAGAAAGACAAUAUCUAUGGGCUGUCCUGGAAGGCCAUAGAUGACAUUGUUGGCGAGUUUGCAUGUUUUUUGCAAAUUAUGUUGUAAGAGAUGUAGGAAAAAACAUAAGUAUGAUAGAUUAACAUAAAUAUGAUUAACAAAGUAAAUAAAAACACAUUGAUUAUGUUAAGAACUACAAACACAUAUAAGGAGCAACAACAAGUUUGUGAAAAUGGACUUUUACAUAAUUUAGGGCAAUUUUUAUUAGGUUGUUAAUAAAGUCACUUCCGUGAGGAGUAGGACCACAAAACUCACCUUAAGUCAACAUAAUUUGCAAAAAACAUGCAAACUCACCAACGAAAACUAUAGAUUCAAACCUAAAAUUAUUAAGUCAAUAAAAAAACAAUGCUAAACAUGGGUUGAAUUUCUUUUAAUUAAAUGAAGUUAAAUGUGCUGUAACAAGUGUUUUGAAUGCUC